AUGAAGACAGGGCGUGUGUGGCACGCGGAUACGGACCGGUUAGCUUUACCAGACACCGAGUCCGAGUCCACAGUCGACAGUCUUGAGACCGUCAUCGGAGCCUGGCGGAUGAGGUAGGAGGGGGUGCGAUAGAUUUUGCGUAAGCCUGCUCCUCUGCAAACGGAUUCGCACACAAGGCAGAGGGUUGACGUCGUUGUUCGCGACGUUCGAACUGUCGACGCGGAAUAGGUAGGAAGUAGAUCGGGAGGCCAGUUUUCAGAAAUGUUUUCAAGGGCCCAGGUCAUCUACAGACUUGACGAGUCUGCAUAUCCGUUAUGCAAUGCUGAUAGGGAUUAGAGACGAGGGGUGUUCCCUCCGCAGCGUCAGGCUAAGAAAGUAGUAGUUUAUAUUUCGUCUUAACCGUUUUGAGGACUGCGAUUAAGGAGUUAGAGUGAUAUCAUCUUGACGAAGAUUGCAGUUUGUAGUAUGUUAUUACCGACAAAGACAAGUCAGGCCGGGAUGGCCAUUUCUGGCUUAGUAGACGUCGUCAGCCAGUCAUACCCAACCCCGAAGUGUGGAUCACCCGAGGCUCGAACUCGCGACCUGUUAGUUAGAAGUUCAACGCCUCUAACCACUGAGCCACAGGCUCUUUGCCCUGUCGGUUUCGAUCGGGAAUAUACAAUGGUAGGGCACAACGGAACGAGGGAGUUCCGUAGGAACGAUCGGUGAGCGCCCCCUAUCAUUGUAUAUUCCCGAUCGAAACUGACAGGGCAACGGGGUCGUGGCUCAGUGGUUAGAGGCGUGGACCUCUAACUAACAAGUCGCGAGUUCGAGCCUCGGGUGUUCACACUUCGGGGUUGGGUAUGACUGGCUGACGACGGCUAAUAAGCCAGAAAUGGCCAUUCCAGUCUCCCUUGUCUUUGUCAGUAAUACCAUUCGGCCUAUAUAUCAUGCGCCGCUGUGCGGCUGCUGGUUGAGCUCGAGAGAGAGCCCUUAAGGCACAACGGAACGAGUGAGUUCCGUAUGAACGAUCGGUGAGCGCCCCCUACCAUUGUAUAUUCCCGAUCAAAACCGACAGGACAAAGAGCCUGUUGCUCAGUGGUUAGAGGCGCGGACCUCUAACUAACAGGUCGCGAGUUCGAGCCUCGGGUGUUCCACACUUCGGGGUUGGGUAUGACUGGCUGACGACGGCUAAUAAGCCAGAAAUGGCCAUUAGAGUCUCCCUUGUCUUUAUCGGUAAUAACUUACUGGCUAUAUCAUGCGCCGCUGUGCGACUGCUGGUUAGGCUCUAGACAAAGCCCGUAAGGCAGAACUGAACGGGUUAGUUCCUUAAAAACGAUCGGUGAGCGUCCCCUACCAUUGUAGCUUGUCCCUGGUCAACUAUGUCGGAUUUUCGCAUACUUCACCCUUGCGUCAGCACUGCGUGAAAAUGCUGACUAGGUUAUUAUUUGGUUGACCCUUAUCAUUAUCCAUGCGUACAGUAGUUUUCUCUUUACAAUUAAUACAACGAAACCUUGUCUCCGCUUGAUUCCACCACGGGUUUACCGUAGAAUUCUUCUGCUUAAGUCCUGCAACCUCAUUCACGAUACCGCACAGCCUAAAACAACCACGGAUUUAUUGUGGCUCCUAGAUCGCAACUCAGCAGCAAUAAAACCUACAUCUGUAAAUGUUCUCUCAUGUCAUGUAAUAUAGAUGGCAAAAACCGAUAUUACGAGUUGCAGGCCGUGCGCGUUCGCUGACUAUGCGGCACUAGCUAUUGCUCUUGAAUUCCACAAAAAUGACCGAUGAGCAAGGGAUCAGUUUGUACGCCCUGUAUGGACAUCACCAUCCCGAUGUUCAUUAGUUAACGAAGAUGGUAAAGAGAAAAGGCUUGCGCAUACUUGCACUAACCAAUCGGUGCGAGCCGGGCUUAAGUGUCAACAUCUAUUUCGUCCAGCGCCAUUGCUGCUGGGAGCUAUACCACCUAGGUUUAUGUUCGUUGACUGGGGAGGGGGGGGUGUGAACAAGUGUUGAACUGAUAAUCAAUGGGAUAGUUGGCUGCUUCACUAGUGUUCCUGUCUAAAACAUGAUUCCUCGUUGAAUGCACUUUGGAUGGGACGCGCUUUUGCCUUAUAUUGCCGAUCGCGCAUUCGACUCCACCCUUUGCACCCACCGAGAUUUCACCUAUCAGCGCUUGACUUCAGCCCUUCGACCUUGUACUUAGGGCUAACACUUGAGGCCGUUUGGCCAUCGGCAAAUACCUUUCCAACGUUCAAGGUGAGGUUCAGUACUCAGAAAAUUGGCAGUUGGAGGCUCAGGACAGAAGAUUAGACGUCCAUGAGCUGACUCAGAGUAGUAACCACGAUAUAUUCGUUUGCCUCUGUCCUCUCGGGUCAAUUUAUCACCGCGCUAAAACUAACAUUGUAAAGCCAAAUUGAGUAGACACGGCCAUCAAGAGAUGAAAUUUCAAAGAAAUACGCAAGAGCGGCUGUUGGGGUUCAUCCCAGAGCGUUACUUCUCCCUAUCACUGUACUUUUCCACAGACAGCUACAACCAAUUGGCCCAGAUAACAGUUAUUAGGCCUAAUUAUCAGCAAUAUAUAAAUUAUCCAAUCUCUCAAACCUAGCAGUUCAUAAUCGCUAUGCUCAUCAUAUUCGUCGAUAACAUUCCCUUAAUUUUAAAAACCUUCUUUGAAGAAGGACAAAUUUUCUCCCAAUACCUGCUUAUUUAUUAGUAAUUUAAGGAAGCCUUCCUGGGGUUGUCCCGACAGAUAAUAAGGCAUGAGGAUCGCCUACCUCCAACUGUCCUUAGGAAAAUUACUAGCCUGAUAUAUACGCAACGGAUACUCCAUUGACUGCCGCAAGGAGUUUCUUAUCAUGAGUUUUUGGGCAAAAAGUUAUCAGGAGCAUUUCUGAAGAGAAAGUAUUUGUAUUGCAACAGAAUAUGGAAAUGUGAAACUCACAUUGUCAAAAGGGACCGGGACCUCGAACACCUCCGACCAUUCGACACAUAAUCUCUCGAUUGUAUGGGCAACCGAAGAUCCAGAAAGACGGCUUGCCAGUUUGUCCGGUUUUGGACAUGUGUGACGCUCCACGUCAUGCGAUGACGAAAUGAUAAAUCGAGAAACUCGAGUCUGUAUGGAAUUCACUAGCACAACGUAGCUAUUGGGAUACCUUCAAAUUCUCUGACGACUUCAAAGACUUGAACCUAAGCUAAGUAAUGAUGUUACUGCUAGACGUCUCAUCACUCCUCACAAACGUCUCGUCACAAAGAUAGUCAGUAACAUUUUUGAAUUCCUAUCGGCCAGUCAGUAGGAAAUUGUAAUACCGACGAACACAAGGAAGUAUUACGAGGAUGCAGGCUAAAUGUGCAACUUUUUGACAAACAAUUAUAUGGAUAAAUAGACGACGUUCUUGCGGUCUUGCAGCUUGGUUUUCUCUUAACCGAUGUCUUCAUGAACAAACAGGAGAAAUUUCGACUGAACUAUCAUAUCUGUAGGCGAAAACAUUACGAUACCUACAGUGAUAGCAUUUGUGUAAUUGGCAUUGCAAAAACCAGCGUAGCUGCCCUCUUAGGCACUGCAGAUCAGGCACACCUUUGAGCAGGUUUACGUUGGAGAUUGAAAAGACAGGCUCGCUAAGCAGAAGAGGUGACGGUAGCGUUCGGAGUAGAGUCUAUCGGAAGAAAACAUAGUCAUGACAAUAUACAAACUUCGGAAGUUUAAAAUCUCUCUAAGAGAAACGCAACGUGCCAUAAAAUUUCCGGCAGAAAAGAAAUCACUGUUUCUCAAGGUCCUCUUUCAAGGCGAUAUGGUGAAUGAAUUUCAGAGAAGACGACUUAACUAUAUUGUUUCACGUACCUUCCCAGCAGCAAGAGUUGAGGUAAUAUUCUUGAUCAACCCUAUUUUACAUGGAGAAGGUCAGGAAAGGUUGUCAGCUCAGACCACUUCCAUGUGCAUUUACUCCUUCACUUGUAUAGGCAGGUUAUGUUGUCCGCACGAGUCGGUGCCUAUCCAAAAGCACACCAAUACGCCUCCUGGCAUGGCUGAGAGAAAGCGAAAAUAGGAGCAUAAGCAGCUCCAUUCUCGCACAUUUUGUUGAUUCCGUGCAUCAUGCAGACCCUAACGAAAACUUCGUGCUAUUUAUGAGGUCCCACUGUACUACUUUAAACCGUUGGACCAGCGUCUACUAGCAACGGUAGAGGUGACUGUCACAAGGCUACGCGAACCCGUCUUGUGUACCUCGAGCGAGUUCCGCGUUUACCAUGGCCAAAGGUGGGUUACCUGCAUGCAAUUCUCCUCCUCCUCCUCCUCCUCCACCUCCUCCUCCUCCUCCUCCUCCUCCUCCUCCUCAUCCUCCUCAUCCUCCUCAUCCUCAUCCUCCUCCUACUCCUCCUCUUUCCCUUCAUCAUCCUCCUCCUCCUCCUCCUCCUCCUCCUCAUCCUCAUACGGCACUUCCUAA